AUGGGUUUCCGCCACAACAACCUCCUCCAUAACAAUCACUUCCACAAGGACUGGCAGCGCCGUGUGCGGGUCUGGUUUGACCAGGCAGGUCGCAAAAAGAGCCGUCGUAAUGCUCGUGCCGCCAAGGCCGCUGCCCUAGGUAUGCGUCCGCUCCAGCCUCUUCGCCCAGCUGUGCGUGGUCAGACCCUUAAGUACAACACGAAGAUGCGUCAGGGUCGUGGCUUCACGCUCGAAGAGCUAAAGGCUGCUGGUAUCCGCAAGGUUGAGGCUCGCUCGAUCGGUAUUCCGGUCGACCACCGUCGUAAGAACAGGAGCGAGGAAAGUCUCAAGCUCAACACUGACCGUCUCAAGGCAUACAAGGAACGCUUGAUUGUCUUCCCCCGUCGCACGAAGAAGAGCAAGGGCCAGAUGCCUGACAUCUCCUCGAUCACGACUACGCGCGCUACUUCGGAUGCAUUCCCUAUUCCCGCUGGCAUGACUCUUGAGGCUCCUCGUGCCAUCACUGCCGAGGAGAAGGAGGGUGAGGCCUUCCGAACGCUCCGUAUGGCUCGGGCUAUUCACCGUCACGAAGGUGCUCGUCAGGCCCGCCAGGCCAAGCGUGACGAGGAAGCCGCCAACUCAAAGAAGUAA